AUGAGGAAAAUAUUUGGUAGUGCUCUCAGCUCAUCAUCCAAAAACUCAACCAACUUGGAAAAAAUUGCAGUUAUUACAAAUUAUUCUGCUUGCCCGUUAGGCCAAAGCUUGCUCAAAGUUCUUAGUUAGGAUUAUAGAGUAGUUGCAAUAUCUUAUGAUGAUAAAACAAAUGAUGAUAUUAACUAAAAUAAUGAAAAGACCUCAAAUAUCAUUAGAUUUAAAGCACAUUUAAGCGAGUAAGAUGACAGAAAUAGGCUAAUAGCCUUCUUGAAAUCAGAAAAUAUGGUCAUUAGCAGGAUGGUAAAUAACCAACCAUUUAUGAUUAGACCAACUCCCUUAGAGAAAUAGAUUGAAGAGGAGAAGUUAGGACUGAGGGACCACUAAGCUGCAAACCAGAGAGUGGAAGAACUCAAAGAAAAGAUAAGAAUAUUAAUUGAGACUCCGCUAUUUCUGAAUGGAGAUUUGAUAGACUAGAACGUAAUAGAUGAUGAGGCAAGAAUUCUAUAAAUCAUACAAAAGCAGUAUGGAAUUUUCAGUCUCUAAAGAGCAUCACAGGUGAAUUUGAGAAAGUGCUUGAAGGCUAAUCUUGAAUAGAAAAUGAUAGGCAUCUCUGCUCUUACCCCUGGUCUCUACUCGCCCUAAUAAGUUGAAUAUAUGAGGAUAGAUAAAUCCAACGGUAAAGAUUAAAACGAUACGAAGCAUGAAAGCGAUAUUGAAUACUUAAACCCAGAUGUGAUUGCUAUAAAAACUUAUGAGAAAUUAUUAGGUAAAAAUGCUGUUGAUUUGAAAGAGUAUGUGAUGAAAACAGAAUGGGAUGCGUAUGCAGAUCUCAAUCUAGGAAAGGCUCCUAAAAUAUACUCUGAUGUAAAUUUGUGA